CCGCGGGGUUCGGGCAGAGCGCGCGGAGGCGGGACGGGACGGUGCGGGGCCGGGCCGGGGCCAGGCUGGGCCGGGCCGGCGGGAUGGGGUGCACCGUGAGCGCCGAAGACAAGGCGGCGGCUGAGCGCUCGAAGAUGAUCGACAAGAACCUGCGGGAGGACGGCGAGAAGGCGGCGCGGGAGGUGAAGCUGCUGCUCCUCGGUGCUGGAGAGUCCGGGAAGAGCACCAUUGUAAAACAGAUGAAGAUCAUUCACGAGGACGGCUACUCCGAGGAGGAGUGCCGGCAGUACAAGGCGGUGGUCUACAGCAACACCAUCCAGUCCAUCAUGGCCAUCAUCAAAGCCAUGGGCAACCUGCAGAUUGACUUUGGGGAUCCUUCCAGAGCGGAUGAUGCCCGCCAGCUGUUCGCCCUGUCCUGUACCGCAGAGGAGCAGGGAAUCAUGCCGGACGACCUGGCCAGCGUGAUCCGGAGGCUGUGGUCAGACGACGGUGUGCAGGCCUGCUUCGGCCGCUCCCGGGAGUACCAGCUCAACGACUCGGCUGCCUACUAUCUGAAUGACCUGGAGAGGAUAUCUCGGUCCGACUACAUCCCCACGCAGCAAGACGUGCUGAGAACCCGCGUGAAGACCACCGGCAUUGUGGAGACUCACUUCACCUUCAAAGAUCUGCACUUCAAGAUGUUCGACGUGGGUGGCCAGAGGUCCGAAAGGAAGAAGUGGAUCCACUGCUUUGAGGGCGUGACGGCCAUCAUUUUCUGCGUGGCCCUGAGCGCCUAUGACCUAGUCCUGGCCGAGGAUGAGGAGAUGAACCGCAUGCACGAGAGCAUGAAGCUCUUCGACAGCAUCUGCAACAACAAGUGGUUCACAGACACGUCCAUCAUCCUCUUCCUCAACAAGAAGGACCUGUUUGAGGAGAAGAUCACCCACAGCCCUCUCACCAUCUGCUUCCCGGAGUAUGCAGGGGCAAAUAAGUACGACGAGGCGGCCAGCUACAUUCAGAGCAAAUUCGAGGACCUGAACAAGCGGAAGGACACCAAGGAGAUCUACACGCACUUCACGUGCGCCACCGACACCAAGAACGUACAGUUCGUGUUUGACGCCGUCACCGACGUCAUCAUCAAAAACAACCUGAAGGACUGCGGCCUCUUCUGAGCAGGCGGCUGAGGGCCGGCGGGUGGAGGACCGCUUGAGCAGGAGGAGGAUGCAGACAGGACCCAGGACGGACAGACAGAUGCACUGUCAGAACGACUCCCACUUCUCCCCCAGGCUCCUCCCUCUCCCUCUGUUGUUCCAAGUUUCCGUUUCUUCCCCACCUAACAAAGAGACUUUGAGGCGGGGAAGGCAGCACCCCAAGGUGGGCCCCCUCCCCCCCAGCCCUGCCCCAUCCCGCCAUGGCAGCCCUUCCAUCUGCUCCGCCCUGGCCGCCUCCUGGUUUCUCUUCUCUUUUAUUCUGUGUUGGGGGGGAGGGUUUGUGGUAAAGGAGACCCCGUAUUUCUCUGGCCAAUAGCGUCGGCCCCUCUGCCUUGCCAGGACACCCCGGGCCGGCUCCCGGCCCCGCGGAGCCCUUCCAGGAUAAAGCACAAACUCACCCUGAGCAGGACACUGACACCGAUGACAACAUUCCUUAGCCCAGAAGUCCCAAAGCUCCUCUCAGCUUUUCUUGGGCCUUUGUGUGUGUGUGUUUUUUUAAAUAGAAAACAAAACUUUAGGGACCUUUAUAGAGAGACUAUUUAAAACUGUCCCGUACUCUGGCUGCGUCGUCCCGACCUGUGCUGAUCACCUCCUCCGGGGGAGCCCGUGCCUUGGCUGGCUGUCUGUCUGUCUGUUUACAUCUGUCUCUCUCUCAUUGCUUGCUCUGGCCCUGGGGGCUGCCGGGGGCCCUUUACCUGGCUUCUGGCCCUGCCUGUGAUAGGACAGCCGCCUCUCAGCCCCCCCAUCCUCCUCUCCCCUGGCCCUCUCCUCUUCUUCUCCAUCCAUUCCACCCCCCAAUAAAGGUCUCCAAAGGGCUAAGUCUUGAGUCAACUGCCAAUGUCCCCGGGGGCUUCUCCUGUCAGCCCUGGCUCGUCCCCCUUUGGCAGCCCUCCCGUCAGCUCCAUUAACUGUAGCUCCUUAGCUCUAACUCUAGGAAAGGCCGCUGCCAUGAGGGACCCCAUCCUCGUUCCUUCUCCUCAGCCCCCCGACCCUGCCCCAGGCCCCAGAGUCAACAGCAUCGGAUGCCUCCUCGCUUUUUUCACACGUUUUAUCAAAUUGUUCACCUGGUUUGAAAUAAUAAAAUGUAGAAAGAAAAAAGCCC